AUGAAGACGGGUAUGGAGACCCUGUGGGCCCAGGAGGUGAUAGACAUCAUGGAGAAGUACCAGCAGGGACACCGAGCUGGGACACUGGUGAAAAACUGGGAUGAGGAAUUCAAAAUCUACAGACGCAUCGACCGGCUCGGGUUUCUGCAUGAGAAGGAGCUUCCCCGUGUCACCACCCAGGAGGUGAAGAUGUCUCGCCGGGUGUACAAGGGGAUUCCCCCCCAAGUGCGGGGUCGGGCCUGGUCUCUUCUACUGGGUGUGGACAAGGUCAAGAUGCAGAACCCAGGCAAAUACCAGAGAAUGAAGGAGCAGGGCAAGAUGCUCUGCCAGCAAAUACAGAAAAUUGAUCUUGAAGUCAGCUGCACCUUCACCAACCAUGUGAUGUUUCGGGACCGCUAUGGCAUCAAGCAGCAGGAACUCUUCCACGUGCUGGUAGCCUUUUCUGCCUAUGACACGGAGGUGGGUUACUGUGAGGGAAUGAGCCACAUUGCUGCCAUCCUGCUCAUGCACCUAAACGAGGAGGACGCCUUCUGGGCACUGGUCCAGCUCAUGACAAAUCAGCGUCACAACAUGCACGGAUUCUACAUACCAGGAGCCCCAAAGCUGCGCAGACUCCUGUUCUUUCAUGAGCAGUUGCUCAGAACAAUGCUUCCGCAGCUACACAAGCACUUGGACGACCAGGGAGUGAUAGCAGAUGUAUACACCUACUGGUUCAGCCAGUGUUUCAUCGACGAGAUCCCUUUCCAUCUCUCCCUGAGAAUUUUCGAUGUGUUCAUCUUGGAGGGUGAGCCACUGCUGACAGGCAUGGCAUACACUACAAUGAAAAUUCAUGGAAAACUCCUCCAGAACCUGCACCAGGCUGGCAUCCUGCGAUUUUUCACGGAAAAACUGUCCAGGGACUGGGUCCUCCAGGAUGAUGAGGUGCUGAGGCAACUUCAGGUGUCUAUGGAAGAAGUGCGUGGAGCCAAGUGUGGCCUGGCCCCCUUAGCGAGAAGAGAUGAAUUUCCGAGGAAGAUCCUGGGCCUGGAUCUGGUGUCCUCAGGACCCGGGCCUCGGCUGGCCUCCCGAAGCAUGGAGACUCACCCCAGAGAUGUCGGACUGGCCAUCUCUAACCCACCGGCCAAGGCCCAGAGGCAUGAGGGAGCCUGUUCAGAGCCCAGGGCUGCGAGUCUCUCGCUGGGUGCCCGGGGAAAUCAGGGUGUGGCUGGCCUGUCCCCUGUCCAGGACAGGGCCCCAGUCCAGGACAGGCCACCAGUAAUAUGGAAACUCCUGCAGUGGAGCUCGCUGCCAAACCUCCCCAGUGAUGUGGACUUUGGGGCCCCAUGGUUCCCCAACGUCAGCUUUCAACAGGAGUGCUGGGUCCGUGCCACUUGUCCAUCAGCUGUGGCCAAACCCUAG